UCGAACUGGAAAAAGCGACGGGUCCGGAUCGUCUGGACUUCUCGGGUUCUCGGUUCUCUGUUCUCGCUUCGCAGUGCUGGUUGCUCUGGAAAAGUGUUCAAAAAAAUGCUGGAAAAUCAGCUUAGAGCUGGACGAAAUGCCGCCGGCACUCGAUCCGUAUCGUAAUUGAAUUCAGGGCAGUGGAUUGAAAGUCAAAUUGAAUUUCGAAGCAAAAAGAAAACACACAAGCAUUGGCAAAACGAUAAACUAGUCGUUAAAUUGAAUAUACAAAUUGGUGUUUUGAUUAAAACUAAUAAACAUAAACACCGAAACACCGAAACCGCAGCGCUGGAGGAGGAGUGAGAGGCGGAAUUUAUUUUUAAAUAAAAUUUCUUUGUUUUUCGCUGCGAAGCCUGCAAUUGGCUGACAUUGCUCAUACGCCGCGUUGGCCGAGUGAAAAUAGCAGGGAAAUUUAGCAUAGAUCCUGGUCGAGGAGUUGGCAAAUGGAAAGCAAAUAAGGAAAGGCAAAGGGAUACGCAACAUUAACUCGGAAAUCCCUCUGCCAGGGCAAAGACAAAAGGAAAGAGAAAGACUCCAGCCAUGGAGAACCACAGUGACUUCGAGGCGGAUGAUUACUCCGACCUGAGCUGGACCAACUGGAGCAACGGAAGCACCCCCGCGGCUGUUCUCUACUCGGCCAUGAGCAGUAUCCUCACGGUGACCAACCACACGCCCCUCUCUGAUUUCGACCAGGACCUCGGCCUGUCCACCAGCUCCUUCAAUCACAGCCAAACCCUAUCCACCGACCUGCCCGCCACCCUCGACGCCGGGGAUGCGACCAAGGAUGCGGCGGCGUCCAUGGAGACGGGCUCGUUUGCAUUUGUGGUCCCGUGGUGGCGUCAGGUGCUGUGGAGCAUCCUCUUCGGCGGCAUGGUCAUUGUGGCGACGGGUGGAAACCUGAUUGUUGUCUGGAUCGUGAUAACGACCAAGCGGAUGCGGACGGUAACCAACUAUUUCAUAGUGAAUCUCUCCAUCGCGGACGCCAUGGUUUCCAGCCUGAACGUCACCUUCAACUACUACUACAUGCUGGACAGCGACUGGCCCUUCGGCGAGUUCUACUGCAAGUUGUCCCAGUUCAUCGCCAUGCUGAGCAUCUGCGCCUCCGUGUUCACCCUGAUGGCCAUCUCCAUCGACAGGUAUGUGGCCAUCAUCAGGCCGCUCCAGCCGCGAAUGAGCAAGCGUUGCAAUCUGGCCAUCGCGGCGAUCAUCUGGCUGGCCUCCACGCUCAUCUCCUGCCCCAUGAUGAUCAUCUACCGGACAGAGGAGGUGCCCGUCCAGGGAAACAGCAACAGGACCGUCUGCUAUCCGGAGUGGCCCGAUGGCCCAACGAAUCAUUCGAGAAUGGAGUCCUACUACAACAUCCUCAUCAUGGUUUUAACGUACUUCCUGCCCAUCGUUUCGAUGACGGUCACCUACUCGCGUGUCGGCAUCGAGCUCUGGGGAUCGAAGACCAUUGGCGAGUGCACGCCCCGCCAGGUGGAGAAUGUGCGGAGUAAGCGGAGGGUGGUGAAGAUGAUGAUAGUGGUCGUCCUGAUAUUUGCCAUCUGCUGGCUGCCGUUCCACAGCUACUUCAUCAUCACUUCUUGUUACCCGGCCAUUACCGAGGCACCCUUCAUCCAGGAGCUCUACCUGGCCAUCUACUGGCUGGCCAUGAGCAACUCCAUGUACAAUCCCAUUAUCUACUGCUGGAUGAAUUCGCGCUUUCGCUACGGUUUCAAGAUGGUUUUCCGCUGGUGUCUGUUUGUGCGAGUGGGAACGGAGCCCUUCAGUCGGCGGGAGAACUUGACGUCCCGGUACUCCUGCUCUGGCUCUCCGGAUCACAAUCGCAUCAAGCGCAAUGAUACCCAGAAAUCGAUACUUUACACCUGCCCCAGCUCACCGAAAUCGCAUCGAAUUUCGCACGGCGGAACGCCCCGUAGUGCGACCUUGAGGAAUAGUCUGCCGGCGGAGUCCCAGUCAUCCGGCGGAGGGCAUAGGAAGAGGAUGUCCUAUCAGCAGGAACUGCAGCAACGGUGGUCAGGACCUAAUAGUGCCAUCAAUUCCAGCAGUACGGCCCACACUACCCAACUGCUUUCCUGACAGCCGGCCAUCCAGGUGGUGCCGCCGGAGAGCGUGGAGAUGCAAGCCCAGGUGGUCUGCUCCUCCCCGUACAACAACAACUACAGGCGGGCCAAUCCUGGCAUCUCCGAUCGGGAUUCGUCCGAUGACAAAACCUGGCUCUAAGCUAUUUUAAGGUCUCGAAUUUAUACUUUUACAAAGGUUUGAAUUUCUGGCUUAAAUUCAAUUCGUUCUGUAAGAAACCAAAGCUAAGUUAGGAUAAAUCCUCGCCCUCGAACAUAUCAGAUGUAACAGGGUCACCGACGCAGAGGGACCCACUAAUUGGGUAUUUUCCAUGAGAAAUAACCAAAAGUAUAUCUGCAUCGCUUAAGGAAACUCAAUACUUUGUUGAAUUUAAGCGGGAAAGGUUGUUUGUUCGGACAGGGAGAGACGAAAUCUAAAUGCUAUUAAACAUUUUCGCAUCAUUAGGCCACUGAUCCAUUUGAGUCACUGUAAAUAUUCGGGUUGGUUCCUAAAAACUGUUUUUAAUCCUUAAUUCUCAAUGCUUACGGCUGCUUGCUUAAGUUGUAACAAAUAAAUAAAUAAACAAAUGACUAUGGAUGUGAAUGUACGUGUAAAUAUAAAUGUCUGAAUAUACCAUAAACGUUAUUGCGAAUAAAGCGACUUGCUCCAUCA